AAGAUGAACAGCCAUUACUUCCUCAAAAUCACAAUCCCAACAACUUUGCUACCUUCUUUCCUUUUGAUGUUCUGAUGUUUUGCAGCCCUCCUUACUAGCACCAUUGUUUUCGCCCGGUGGUAUGCGCGUUCUCCAGCAUCAUUCAAUCUCGAGAAUCGUGCCCCUUUCCUUUCAUUAACCAUGGCCAAUCGCCAGAUCACAAGGCGCAUCUUGAUAAGCGCUUCUAUUUUAAUCUUUUUCCUCUUCGUCCUGUUCAUUCAACCCUAUGGACCCCCUAGUCCAGCAGUCCGAGCUCCCGGCCACCUCGAUAAAACCACACCUGUUCAGGAUGAUCUUAAGAAAGGGGACAUUGUGAUGCCCCGUCUAGGCAAUGAGACAGCGAAAGCCGAAUUAGGUCGCGCAACAUGGAAGUACUUUCACACUAUGCUCGCUCGUUAUCCCGAAGAACCCACAGAAGAGCAACAAGAAACGCUCCACUCAUACAUCUACCUUUUCGCGCGACUAUAUCCAUGCGGUGAAUGCGCGUCGCACUUCCAACAACACCUGAAGAAAUACCCCCCGCAGGUCUCUUCCCGUAAUGCAGCUGCAGGAUGGGGCUGCUUCAUCCACAACGAAGUCAAUUCCAUGCUCGAAAAGCCAGAGUUCGACUGUACCAAGCUCGGCGAUUUUUACGACUGCGGCUGCGCCGAUGAUGAAGACGAAAGCGGGGGAAAUGACUCUGAUAGUGGCAACAAGGCCACCCCUCGCGAAAGCAGCGAUGGCGGUGAUACUAUCUCGCCUGUGGAGAUAUCCCGGGAACCUAUCACUCGUGGAGGGUAGAUAUACGUGACACGGAUUGAGUCGUGCAUCCGUUCUCGCAGAUACCUAGUACAUUUCCACCAUCAUAUCUCUCGCCAUAAAUAUUCAACGCCGGUCGUUGAGUGUAUAAUAAUCUCUAUUCAAUUUGCUCGGCCAUUAGUAGCAACUGGGUUUGACAAAGGUUGCGGCGC